GACUGGGAGUCGCGUCGGCUGACCCAUGAGCAGAUGGCUAGCGCAUCGUUCCCAAUAUACGAAACAGUGCAAAAAAUGGGUGACCUUGUACUCAUACCUCCAAAAAGCUGUCAUCAGGUCGCGAACAAAGGUGGACUGACUAUCAAGGUUGCAUGGUCCCGCAUGUCCCUCAAGUCAUUGUAUCUAGCCUUCCAUGAUGAGUUGCCAGUGUAUUAG